AACCAAGAGCCACAACUAAAGAGGGGAUUGAUCAAAGGGAUGUCCCAAAAAAGGAUCCACUGUGGAAAAGCUAGUGGCUCAAUACCUGCAUUUCCAGAGCAGUCUGUGGUCCAUUCAUCUCAUUGUGACUCACUCUAAGGUGUCCCGACACAGCAAUAAAAAGGUUCACAGUGGGCAUGAACCUAAGCCUUCCUGACCAGAACAUGCACAACCCCAGUGACGGCGGUGUGGAGGAUGACAAGGCUGAGCUCAUGAUCCCCUGCUUCCGCAGAAACAUGUACGAUGAGCCUCUAACCUCAUACUCCAAUGGAUCCAUCAUUUCCCACCUCCUGCGCAAAACCGUCCAAAACAAGAGGGCUCUGGACGAAAGCCACUUCUACCUACCGACCUCUGCUGUGUCCAGCUCCACCAUGGCUGACUCCAGUCAGGAGGACCAGAGCAGUGUCUCCUCCAAGGACAGCACGGCGGAAUUUGCAUCCCCAGGCAGUCACCUCUCAAACGGAGCCAGCCCUGAGGGGGACAGGCCGCUGAGUGAUCACCUCCAGGCCAAGCGUGCCCGUGUGGAGAACAUAAUCCGAGGCAUGGCGGGGUCUCCCAACAGCAGGCUCCAUGGGGACAGUGAGAGGGCCGUGUCAGACACCAGGGAGGCUAGAGAGGCCUACAGGGAGAACAAACGUAAACAGAGGCUCCCCCAGCAUCAGGAGCACAGUCUCAAUGCUGCUGCUCUGGCUAUCAGAGGCAGCAGUAGCAGCAGUGGCAGCAGCAGUAAGGAUGAAGAGUGCAACAAGCUCAAGGAGCAGCUCCAGAGCAUGCAGAGGCUCCUGAGACAGCUCCAGGAGAAGUUCUUGCAGGUUUAUAACCAGGAAGACACUGAGCGUGAGAACAGAGAUGGCACAGGCACAACCAGCACCGCAAAACAUGAUGACACCACACCAAGCAAAGAGUCUGGGUUCCGUAAAAACAUGGAUGAAGAGUUAGAGAGGAAGCAUGACGGAGCUAAAGGGGACUGUAAGGACAGAGUGAAGAAAGACGGAAGUUAUCUGACACAUCAAAAGGAAGGCAAGAACCUACAGGAGACUCUGAAGCAUGAGCUCUCCAAAGCGGUGAGUGAGAGUGUAGAUAUGGUGUUCAAGAAACUCUCCUCCACGGGGCUCAACCAGUCAUCCUAUCAGCGCAUGUGUCACACCCCGGAGAACAUCGACUUGGGAGUUGAGAGGAAGGGCCAGGUAGCCUGUAACCAGGAGCAAUCACACACUGAGGAGCCAGUCAAACCCCAGGCUCUAGAGUACUACGAGAGCACUGAGCCUUGCAGCCCUGAGGACCAGACUGAGGCUCUGUCUCUUGUGGUCCGUAAGCCGCUCCUAAGCCAGCUUAGCUCAGUUACCCCGACGGUGAAGAGGCCUUACCCCUUACACCAUUCUCCAUUCCAGUUUAACUACAGCACACCUCUCCAUGACAGUCAAAUCCUGGAACACCUCCUCAAAUACGGGCCCCACACUAAUUUCGGAGGUCUCCCAUGCGUGACCCCAUCCAUGGACAGAACCUCCCCAGACUCUGUGGAGCUGCCCUGGGAUGCCAUCGCCAUGAGGUCCAAAGUGACAUCCAGCCACCUGACCCACCACCCUCGCACAUCAGGCCUAGGACCAGUGACCGUGGACAGUCUGUGUCUCCCUCACGUCAAGAUGGAGUGUGGGGACAUGCAGAGCAUGGCAGAGAGAAACUCCUACAUGUCUCUGAACAUUCAGGAAGGCCUAACCCCCAACCAUCUGAAGAAAGCUAAGCUGAUGUUCUUCUACACCCGUUAUCCCAGCUCCAAUGUGCUGAAAACCUUCUUUCCAGAUGUCAAGUUCAAUCGCUGCAUCACCUCUCAGCUCAUCAAGUGGUUCAGUAACUUCCGGGAGUUUUACUACAUCCAGAUGGAGAAGUUUGCCCGCCAGGCCAUAGUGGACGGGGUCACGGAUGUGAAAGACAUGUCCAUCAGCAGAGAUUCUGAGCUGUUCAGAGCCCUCAACAUGCACUACAACAAAGCCAAUGAUUUCCAGGUUCCUGAGAGAUUCCUUGAGGUUGCUGAAAUUACUCUCCAAGAGUUUUUCAAUGCCAUUUCAACUGCCAAAGAUUCUGACCCCUCUUGGAAGAAGGCAAUCUACAAAGUCAUCUGUAAACUGGACAGUGAUGUACCAGAUGAGUUCAAGUCAUCCACCUGCCUAUAGACAGAGCAAGCAAUAGCCAUGCUCGAGGAAGGAAGGACAUUUUGCAGUCAUACAAUGACAAUAAGUGCUAAUUUUAACACAUCUUGCCAAUAAAUUGGAUUUUAGUGAGAGAAUCAAGGAACAAAUGGAUUAUGUUGUAAAUGACAUAUUAUACACUGCAGUAUAGGAGCCUACUUACUGCACUUACAGCUUUUUACAGUCUCAGUGAGCUUUAUAGCACUGCUCCAGCUCUCUCCUAGGAGUUAAAAAAAAACGUAGCUGACAGCAGAUCGUAGUGUUUCUGUGUAUCUCCAUAAGGAUUCAAUUAAGACAAGAUGUAGUUGCAUGUUUGUAGAUGUAGUGAUAUUUAAGGGCAGUGGUUUAGUACUGUAGUGUACUUGCUAGGUCUGAUAGACUUACACGUGAACAAAAUGGUACUUUCUAUACAUAUUUGACUUAUGGUUCCUAAUGGACAUGCGGUUUUGGAUGAUUUUGUAGCAAGUGUUAUAUGUAAAUGUGAAUACGCUAAAUGUAUUAACUUAAUAGCAUGUAAAUAUUGCAAGUGACCACAAAGAACCAAGUGUUUGAGAAAAAAUUGUAUGUACAAAAAAGUACAAAGUUAUGUUUAGAUGUUUUGUGCUUAUUUCUAUAGUCUACUGCCUAUUGUCAACUCAAUUCCAGAGACACCAUUUUCUGAGUGGUUAUUUGAUAGUUCUGCUGAUAGAAUAAAGAUGCACUUACUUCAUCUUGAGACGUCUUUUAUAUCACUGAUUGUAAGUCACUCUGGA